AUGGCAAGCGUUCCAGAACAUUGUCAAACAACACAAUCUCGAUCAUAUAGGGAUAACUCAUUUCAGCUGUGAGGUGCUAAAAAAGUAUGGUUUGACCAACCACUACGAUCGGCCCGCCAAGGUUUGCUUGAAUGGAAAGYUCUACAAUGUUUACUUCUUGAAGUAUUUAGAAGAGAUCUUCAAAGAAAUAAGAGAGACAGACGAUAGCGCUCCUAUAUUCUUGUACCAGCAUUUUAACAGUGGCCAUACUGAUACGGGGUCUAGAAUACGUAACGAUGAUCGUGGACUUGCAGAAUUCAUCCAUAACAUGGCCAGAGAUCCCAACACGUUGACAAUUCUCAUGGCAGACCAUGGCCACACGCGCACUGGUUAUGGUGUAACAGAAGAAGGAAGACACGAGCUCUACCAUCCACAUCUCUUCAUGAUUCUGCCUAAUAACGUGGCAGACUUAUUAGGCAAACAAAGAACCRAAGCAUUAGUAUACAACCAACAUCGCCUACUAUCAGCCUACGAUCUUCAUACGGCACUCAUGUCACUACACGACGAAGACAAGAAAUUUUCCGUGGAUUAUAAAGUCAACGGCGUGUUCUCUAAAAUUCCAACCAACAGAACAUGUAGUGAUGUACCUUUGAUGCCGCUAGCUCGAUGUCAGUGCGAAGGAGCGGAUUCCAAAGUACAAGAUAAUUCCAACAGUCAUAGAUGGCUGGCGGAGUUUGGUUUAGGAAGUUUGAACAAUAUUAUCCAGGAACAGUUUUCCAAAGGCCUAGAAAAGAAUUCCGUGCUCAAAGGAUAUGGAAACUGUGUUCGGCUCAUCGGCUCUUCGUUUCGGAACAUCAUUCAAAGCAACACUGGUUCUCUAACGAGACUAGAUCUGCAUGUUGAUAGUAAAACCUUUGGUUUAAAAGAGGACGAAAUAUUUACUGUUGCCAUUGAGUUGAAUGGARAGACACCAACCCUCAAGUCGUACGUCAGGCGAACUUUAUACAACAAGUUUAAAGACUGUGUCGAUAGCAACGUUGAUAUYAAAAUCUGCGCGUGUGAUAAARCRAAACCAAAAAGUAACCAAACACUUCGAGUAUUGAAGACAGAAGACAUGAAGAGUCUGUUAUCAUCUCCGAUGUUUGGAGCUGAGGCUGAAGUCAAAGAUCUUCACGGAGGCUGUCUAUUCCAGAUAACACGACAUCACCCGAGUAAAAUAAGCAUUGCUUACGAAGUCGCCAACUCGUGCCAAGGACAAACUUWUCAAAUAUCUGUGAGCGGGUCUCUGUAUUAUAUUCUUUCUUCGAGACCGUUUCCCUUCGAAGUAACCGUACAACCUAAUAGUAUAUAUUUCUUAUUUUCAGCGGGCAGACAAAUUUUAGGUCAUAGUCAUAUGGAUAUUACAAUAUCAGCUAGAAAAGUCUGAAUAUAAUGCUUUUGAAAUCAGUUCGAUUCAGCGCGGUUUUAUAUAAGAGGAUGUUAAAGAGUAGCACGUGCUCUUGAAAAUACGUCCAUAGAUUCUUUUAUAACGAGAAAUGAAUAGGAAAAUGUUUGGGAGAGUCUCAUUAGGUGAGGUAUUUUGYAUCGGUAGCUUUAUCGCUGAAAGACUUGUAUGAACCUAGAUUACACGGCAUCAUGUUUAUUCCCAUGAGAACAAAAGCCGUUGAUUAACUUCGUCCUGAAACACUUGAUUGCGGGGUUACGUGUGGGAAACAUAUUGUGCCAAUCAAGUGGACCAACUCCACUUUGGCGUAGUUUUUGCCCUUUUCAGACCACGUGUCAGUCUMUUGAGAAUAAGAUUCUUUGUUGGAGUCGUAUUCAUAUUCAUGUGUCUUCUCAUGCGCAACCGUUAAACAAAGUAAUAAUGCUCUAGAGAAUGGCACGUGGUCUAAAAUGGAAAAACAGUGUCUAUUGUGUACAGAAAGGUCCAUAGCAAUAAAUUAUGACCAGGAUCGAAUCAUUGAUUCUUUUCAAUAAAAAAUCAAUCGACCGA